AUGGCCCGGCCCGGUCCGGUCGGCGCUUCCGCCCCCGCCGCUGCCGCUGCGCCGUGCCGUGGGGGCCGUGCGCGGUUGCUGGGGCGGUGCUUCACGGUGGCAGCACAGCUGGGCCAUGCCAAUCUGGUGACCUUGGCAUUGCAGUGCAAAGCAGACAUUGAGCAAAGAAUCAAUGGGCAAAGUGCAUUGGAUGGAGCUGCUCAGUUUGGACAAACGCGGGUGGUGAAAGCCUUGAUCGAUGCUCGCGCCGCGACCACGCAGACGGCGCCCGGACGUUGGACUCCCUUGAUGCGGGCCUCGCAGGGUGGACACAUCGAGGUCUGCCAGCUCCUCCUGUCAGACGGAGCCCACCCCGACGAAUGGGCGGACCGGAUGACCGCGCUGGACCUCGCCGAGGCGCAUCAGCACGCGCGAGCGGUUGGGCUGCUGCGGCGCCAGGGCGCCAGACGCUUCCUGGAGCUUCCACCGGCCAAGCAGAAGGCGCUGCCACUGACACAGCCCAAGUGUUUAUCACAAAGCUCCAAGCCGCGACCGCGCUCCAGCAGAGGAGUGCUCUGGGGUUCCGCAGUGCUACACCUCUGCACCGCUCGGAUCUCCUUCAGCGCGGAGGAGACCAACGAGACCGAUGAGGACGAGACUGAAGCGAUGUAA